UCAAGCUCCGCCAUGUUUUGAGAUUUUGGGGAGAGGUGUGUUGUUUGGAUUGCUAGCAACAUUUUACAUAAACUAUUAUCUGCAAAAUGCACACCUCUCACCGACUUUAAUUUAUUUGUAUACAUGUUAUCGCCCUUGAAGGCUAUUAGGUCGCAGUACAUAAUCAAAUGAUAACGGACCUCCAGCUCUCUUGUGGUUAGCAAUCUUUUGAAGAAGAUUAACAGGGGCUUGCUGCCUCCUACACAGAUUCGUUCGUCUCCUUCUUUCGGAAUGUUCUCAAAAAAGCCUCAUGGGGACGUCAAAAAAUCAACACCGAAAGUGUUGGAUCCCAAAAAAGAUGUACUGACACGCCUAAAACACCUGCGGAUCGUUAUAGAAAAUGCAGAGUCGGGAGACCUGAAGCAUUUCUUUGACCAGUACUACUCUCACAUCUACUAUGUGUUCUUUGAGAACUUUGUUGUCAUUGAAGUCAGUCUCAAACAAAAAGGUCACAAAUCACAAAGGGAAGAACUUGACUCCAUUCUUUUCAUAUUCGAGAAAAUUCUGCAACUCCUACCAGAGCGAAUACAAGGACGAUGGCAGUUCCACAGCAUAGGCCUCAUUCUGAAGAAGUUGCUGCACACUGGGAACUCUUUAAAGAUCCGAAGGGAGGGUGUACGUCUGUUCCUGCUAUGGAUGCAGGCCUUGCAAGGCAACGCACUGAGAGAGCAGCUAUGGAUUUUUGCCUGUCUGAUCCCUGGUUUCCCAUCUCCCCAGUCAGAGCUUGGCCCUCGAACCCUGGACAACCUGGUCAACCCCCCUCUCAGCCUCCAGGAGACUCAAGUUACUCCAGAAGAGAUCAGUCCCCUGGUCCCUCCUCAGGCAGGGGAUAAAGCCCAGGAAGACCUCACAGGAUACUUUCUAGAGGCUCUUCUGAAAUACAUGGUAAACCAGGCCAAAAGUCUGGAGUGGAAGUGUAAAGACAACCACGAGAAGGGCUUUGCAUUCCUGUUUGGAAACUUCAAGAAAUAUUACCUGCCGCACAUAUUCCCCAACUUCUCCAAGGAGACCAGUUUGUACCAUCCCAUACUGGAGGUUCCUUCCAUGAGACCAAAGCCUUACUACAGUGUGGUGAAGAAAGACCCAGAGACCAACGAGGCAGUGUACUGUACCAAGGAGAGCCUCCUCAAUGCCCGCGUCAUAUUCAUCCGCUGGCUGGUGUCCUUCUGGCUGGAGCCACGCUCCAACACUGGAACACACAUCCCCGGGGUGGAUGGAGAGAGGGAGAGCGUUCCAAAGAACAUCCAGAGGGCAGCAGCAGGGCUGGCAGCGCGGGGACAUGGCCUGGGGGAGGACCUGGGCCCCAGGGCAGACAGCCUGGACAGAGCGAUUGGGUGUGAGCAGGAGCAGUCCCACUCUAACACCUCCACCCUGACGGAGAGGGAGCCCAGCUCCUCCAGCCUGUGUAGUAUGGACGAGGAGCACCUCACUGACAAGGAGGUGGUGAGACGAGUCCUCUGUUCCUCCAGAACUAAUGUCAACUUCAUCACCGAGGUCUUCAGACAGGCCUUCCUGUUGCCGAUGUGUGAGGCUGCAGUCAUGAGGAAGGUGGUGCGGGUGUACCAGGAAUGGUUCGCCCAGGAGGACAAGCCUGUGUUUCUGAGGGAGCCGGAGGAAGAGAGGUUCUUUACCACGGUUGGAGGGAUCAACCUAGAGCCUGUACCCCAGCAGGACGCUGAGAAGGAGGAGGGGGUGAAUAAAGUGUCUGAGAAAGAGCUGCUGGAGUACAGUGUGCAUGCCGGUGUUCAGCCCACUCUACAGGUGUUUGUCACCAACUCUGCCAACGUUUUUCUGCUGGAGCCAGCCAACGAGCUCAAGGUGUUGCUGGAGGAACAUGUUGACAUGUGCAAGAGAGUCCUCAACAUCUACCGCAGCCUGGUCAUGCAUGAAACCAUGGACCAGAAGACAUGGGAGCAGAUCUUGCUGGUGCUGUUGAGGGUGACUGAGUGUGUGAUGAGGAGACCUCCCUCCAUCAUGCCCCAUGGCAAGAAGAACAUCACUCUCUCUGGGAGGCUGGCCGGGGCCGUCUUUCAGACCUUGAUAGUGGCCUGGAUCAAAGGGAACCUGAACGUGUACAUCUCCAGGGAGCUGUGGGACGACCUGCUGGCCGUGCUGUCCUCGCUCACCUGCUGGGAGGAGUUGGUCACAGAGUGGUCCCUCACCAUGGAGACGCUCACCAAAGUUCUGGCCCGCAACCUGUACAGUCUGGACCUCAACGAGCUGCCCCUGGACAAGCUGAGCGAACAGAAACAGAAGAAACACAAGGGAAAAGGGGGCGCUCACGAGGGCCAGAAGACGGCUGUGGGCCACUCAUUCUCUAAGGGCUGGAGCAGGGACCAGCCUGGGAGCGGUCAAGCAGCAGCCAUGAGGCAGCGCAGUGCCACCACUGCUGGCUCCCCGGGUAUGGAGAAGGCCAGGAACAUCAUGCGCCAGAAGACUGUGGCCCUGCGUAGCUGCUCUACGGGCGACAGCUUCCUGUCCCAAGCCUUUAUCCGCAGCGCUAAAAGUGCCCCUGUCCUGAUCCAUCCUCUCCACCCUCUCCUGUCUGACUCUGUCCUCACCUCCCUAGCUGAUGAGCUGGCAGAUAUGGAGGACCCCCCCAUGGUCAUGGCCUCUCGGGCACCCAGGAUCCGCCACUGCUCCCAGAGCGAGAAUACCCCAGCCUCUGAGGUGUUCUCAGCAUCCAGUGACCUGGAACCCCAGGGGCCUCCGCUCCCCCGCAGCAGCAGCGCUUCUGACAUCAUGGAGCCCUUCAUCGCUGAGAGGGUCAAAGGCAACAAAGAGGACCCUUGUCAGACGAUGCGUGCUGUGUCCAGUGAUAACGGCAACCAAAACUUUGGAGACCUGAUGGACGAAUUUAUCCAAGAGCGUCUGCGAGCGAGAGGCACCUCUGGCAUGACGAGGCGUGACAGUAGCCCCUGUAGUCUGGAGAUCCCCAAAGACCUGCCGGAGCUCCUGGGCCGUCAGAACGUCUCACAACCCGUGGACGACCCCGGUGUGCCCUCUGAGUGGACCUCCCCCGCCAGCAGUAGCGACGUCAUCAGCUCCGACAGCCAAUCGGACUCGUUCAACGCCUUCCAGUACGCCAACUGCAAGUUGGAAAAUUUCAGCUUUGGUCCAGAUGGCUGUGGUGCGGGGUCUUUGGACCAGGAUAACGCUAGCCUUGGAGGGCUGCCCCAGACUGCAGAGGAACAGGAGCUGUCCAGCCUCACCACCCUGCACAUAGAUUCAGAGACCAGCAGUCUGAGCCAGCACGGCCUGUCUGCAGACGCCAUCACCAUCACAGGUUCAGAGAGUGCGUCCCCGAUGCAUUCCCUGGGUGGUUCCUGCUCACAGAGCCCGUCUCCAGCCACCCUGACCGCUGAACACAUAGGGCUGCAGCACGAGGACCUGCAGCUGGAUGAGAAACUACAUCACUCUGUACUACACACUCCUGAUGACCUGGAAACCAGUGAGUUUCCUACAGAGGACUGCAGUGUGAUGGCCGGUGGCUCCCUGACCGGUUGGCACGCUGACGUUGCCACGGUGAUGUGGCGGAGGAUGCUAGGCAUUCUGGGGGAUGUGAACACCAUUAAGGACCCAGAGAUCCACGCGCAGGUCUUUGACUAUCUCUGUGAGCUGUGGCAGAACCUGGCCAAGAUCAGAGAUAAUCUGGGCAUCUCUCUGGACAACCAGUCAUCUCCUCCUCCCCCGGUCCUCAUCCCUCCCCUCCGGAUCCUCACCCCCUGGCUCUUCAAAGCGACCAUGCUGACAGAGAGGUACAAACAGGGGAAGCUACACGCCUACAAGCUCAUCUGUAAGAUCAUGAAGAGGAGGCAGGACGUUUCGCCCAACUCAGACUUCCUCACACACUUCUACAACAUCAUGCACUGUGGCCUUAUGCACGUCGACCAGGACAUAGUGAACACCAUCAUUAAGCACUGUUCUCCUCGGUUCUUCUCCAUCGGGCUGCCUGGAGCCACCAUGCUUAUCCUGGAUUUUAUCAUCGCAGCCAGCAGAGUCACAGCCUGCUCCUCCCUCAAUGCCCCACGGGUGGAGGCUCAGAUCCUGCUGGGUUCUCUGGUGUGUUUCCCUAACCUAUACGAGGAGCUGCCUGCCCUACACCCCACCACCGCUGACGUGGUCAUGACCAAGUUCAGAGACGUUAAGGAACACAUCAUCAAACACAUCCUGAGUUCAGCCAUAGAUGAACCUUCAGCCCCAGCCAGGUGUGUGGCCCUGUGCAGUCUGGGUAUCUGGCUGUGUGAGGAGUUGGUCCACGGCACCCAGCAUCCUCAGAUCAAAGAAGCCCUCAAUGUCAUCUGUGUCACUCUAAAGUUUCCAAAUAAAACUGUCGCGCUGGUGGCCUCCGACAUUCUGCACUUGCUCAUAAACUAUGUCGAUGACCUUCAGAAAUUCCCCCUCGACACUCCAAAGAAAAUAGUUGAGAUCCUCAUAGCGACUAUCACUCACCUGCUUCCCACUACAGAAUCCUCGCCUCAUGAACUGGACAAGAGGUUGGUGGUGUCUCUACUGUUGUGCCUGCUGGACUGGGUGAUGGCUCUGCCUCCUAAAACUUUGCUGCAGCCUGUCCAAACCCUCAGCCCUGACAAGGAGAAGCCAGACAAGUCUGUCCUCAGCUGUAUCUACAAGGUGCUGCAUGGCUGUGUGUAUGGAGCCCAGAACUUCAACAGCCCUAGGUAUUUCCCUAUGAACCUGUCAGACCUGACCAGUCCAGACUACGACCCCUUCCUGCUACUGGAGAGUCUGAAGGAACCAGAGCCCCUCCACUCCCCUGACUCAGAACGCUCCUCCAAACUACAGCCUGUCACUGAGGUGCGGAGCCGUAUCCAGCACGGUCUGAUCUCCAUCGCUGCCAGGACAGUCAUCACCCACCUGGUCAACCACCUCGGGCACUACCCCAUGUCUGGAGGCCCUGCUACCCUGACCAGCCAGGUGUGUGAGAACAUGGACAACCCCUACAGCGAUAGCCCUGACCUGGCCCCAGAGCUCUUUGAUGGGCCCAACCUACAGUUCUUUGUCCUGAAUGGCACCACCCUCCUAUCCUGUCUGCAGGUCCGUGCUGAGGACGGUGUGCCUGGUGGAGGAAUGUCUGCAGGCCUCACCACCACCAGUGCCUGUGUGAGGGUUAUCGUCCGAGACAUCUCCGGAAAACACUCGUGGGAUUCGGCUGUACUGUACGGGCCACCUCACUGUGGUGUUCCCAAUCAGCCCCUGCACCUCUACAGUAACACACCAACAGAGAGAAUGACUACAGAGGGGGAGAAGGAGAAGAACUGGGUUGGAGACCCUAUAGAGAAGGAAGAAGAGGAGAGGGAAGAGGAGGAGGUGGUGGUGUUGGUGCUGGGAGAGGAGGAGCAGGGGGAGGCUGUGGAGGAGGAAGGAGAGGAAGAAGAGGAGGAAGUGGAAGGUGUGUUGGAGCUCAUGGCCCCGCAAGCUAAGCGUGUGUGUCGCGAGGCGGUCCCGUCCUGGAACUCCCUGCGAGAAGAAGAUGCUCUAGAUGAGAUGCUGCAGUACCUGGGUUACUCUAGCCCCGAGUGCCUUCAGCGUGCCGGAGGCACCCUUAACAUCCCCGCCCCACCCCCUGUCUGCGUGUCGGAGAAGCAGGAGAACGACGUGAUCAACGCCAUCCUGAAGCAGUGUGCAGAAGAGAGGGACUUUGCGGUGCACAAGGGGAAUGGGCUGAACAUGAGAGCCAUGGAGCAAGGGGAGCCAGGGCCUCAGAGGCCCCAGUCAGCCUUCUACUACUGCAGGCUGCUACUCAACAUCCUGGGCAUGAACUCCUGGGAGAAGAGGAGCAACUUCCAUCUCCUGAAGAAGAACGAGAAGCUGCUUAGAGAGCUUAAGAACCUCGACUCCAGGCAGUGUCGAGAGACGCACAAAAUAGCCGUGUUUUACGUGGCAGAGGGGCAGGAGGACAAGCACUCUAUCCUGUGUAAUACCAGGGGGAGUCAGGCCUACGAGGACUUUGUCUCUGGGCUGGGCUGGGAGGUGAACUUGACCAGUCACUGUGGCUUUAUGGGAGGUCUUCAGCGGAACAAGAGCACUGGUCUGACCACGCCUUACUUCGCCACCUCCACCGUUGAGGUCAUGUUCCACGUCUCCACGCGGAUGCCCCCAGACUCAGACGACUCACUCACCAAAAAGCUAAGGCAUCUCGGGAAUGACGAGGUGCACAUUGUGUGGUCUGAGCACUCGCGGGACUACAGGAGAGGCAUCAUCCCUACGGAGUUUGGAGACGUCCUCAUCAUCAUCUACCCCAUGAAGAACCACAUGUACAGCAUCCAGAUCCUCAAGAAGCCAGAGGUACCGUUUUUUGGGCCCCUGUUCGAUGGAGCCAUAGUGGAUGAGAAGAUCCUUCCCACCAUGGUCCGGGCCACAGCUCUCAACGCCAGCAGGGCUCUUAAAUCCCUCAUCCCCCUUUACCAGAACUUCUACGAGGAGAGAGCGCGUUACCUGGAGACCAUCGUACAGCACCACCUGGAGCCAACCACCUUCGAGGACUAUGCAGCAAGAGUCUUCUGCCCCGCUCCCUACCUCCACCUCCCGUCAGACCCAGGCUCAUGCCUCGAGAGUCAGCAGGGAGAAAGUCCAGCAGCAGCGCUUCUAGACGGGGCCGACCAGUUAGCCUUGCCAAUGUCCCCUCGUACUAGCAAGAGCCGUAUGUCCAUGAAGCUCCGACGCUCCUCCGGCUCGGCCAACAAGACCUGAUCGGACUUUCCCUCCGCUGACCCUCCUCCAUGCCACACCCAGUGAGAGUUCACAGCCUUCAGAUGAAGAGACUGACUCUCUCUCUCUGUACCGUACAGCUAGGACUGCACUACACUGCAACUACCAGCCUUUACCUGCUAACAGCAAUGCAUGGCAUGUUAUGUACUCCAACUACAUGGACAUGGACACACCUGCCCUGCAUGGUCAGACUCCGCAUCUCCCCUACUGUACAACCCUUCCAAGAUGCAGGAUUAGGCCCUUGAAUAGAGCCAGGCCCUUGGGGGCCAGCCCAGGGUCCCCAGGACUGAGCUUGUGCUAGCAAAGCUCCAACAGAAUUAACAUGUCUUUUGGGCAAGGUUUUCUAACUAUGCUCACCACCACAAACGUUGCACUCCAGAGAAAUGUGGAAAGAGAGCAAAAUAUAAUAUAUUUAGAUAUAGAUAUAUUUAAGAAGCAGCAUCGGCUCCGUUGUGUACAGAAAGCGUAAAGGCAACAUGACAGAUGUGUAUUUUCAAUGUGAUUAGGAUUGUUGAUGGUUGAAAUCACUUGAUAUUUGACUGAGAUGAGGAGCUAGAGUGUUAUCUCUGCUGUGGUUGUAGCUGUUGUUGUCCCUGAGCAGAGUGAUCAAUAUCUAGUAUGCCAUUCCCCUGGCUCUCUGGGCCUCUGACCCACUAGGAAAGUGAUUGUAAGAACUUGAGUUUGUAAGAAAGUACAAAGAAACACAAAGUAAGAAACAUCUUAUUUUUCAUAUUUGGUCACUGUGUCCACCAUGAGACAUUUAUAUAUUUGUACUAUACUCUGUAUAUACAGAAGAGUUGCCACUUUCUUUAUGCUUGGACUGAAGCAAUGUUGGCUAGUGUUUGAUGAUAAGGAGAUAAACGUUUUGCGGUUGAAAUAAGUUUGUCUAUAGAGUUGUAAGAUGGAAAUUGUUUGGUUAAAGUGAAACAUUUCUUGUUACAUUUUGUUUUGAUUUUCACACUAAACUGUGGAACUGAUUGACUUUCUGAAUAUAAUAUUCACUACUGUUUGCCUUUUUAGGGGUCACAUAACAUUUUUAUUAUGAUUGUAAAUGUGGAUUUCGCCUGAUAAAGAAUGUUGCAGAUUAGGUUGUUUUGUUCAUAUACAACGUGUUGUAUUGAACCACCCCUUUUUUUCACUCAUGAUGAAUAUAUUAUAUGUAAGGGAUGAACGCAAACGUUAUGUACAUUACCUUGGAAAUAAUGGAUCCAAGGUAAUGUACAGAACGUCAGCGUUUAUCCCACUCAUACCACAGUUGCCAAAGAAAACAAUACUAAAGUACACAUUUACCUGUAGAAAUAAAAUGGUUUUGUUUUAUA